CUAGAUACAUAUUGGCAGCGGGGGAUGGGAGUGGGGGUGUGUGUGUGUAAGUGAAGUGCCUUUUGCUGCUGUUGAUGUAGAGGCUGUCAAGCCGAUCAGUAACUAUAUGGUACAUCCUAGCGGUGGAUCCCUGUUAUGGGAAACAUUGUGUGAGUGUGUGUGCGUGUGUGCGCGCGCGUGUGUGAGUGAGUGCGAGUGCGCUUUGGUUUCUCUGUUCUUCCAAAAAGACUGCUUUCAAACUUACUCUCAUGGAUUUCAAUGCAUAUAUAUUAUAUAGAGAUAUGUAUCUAUAUAUUAAAGUCAGAUAGUAAUGGAUAUGGAUUAAAUUCUAGUGUUUCUAUUUUCACUAGGCUUUAACUAAGCCCCAAAGGGAGCGAACACCUCCAUCCAACCCAAAUCACCCAAAAACCUGAGCACUGUCUAAGGAGAAGAAGAAAUUGGGGGUAUAGUUCCAAAGAAUUUGAAACCUUAAAGGAGAGGAUGAAAGUGAAGAAGGAGCAGACACUUUUCUUUCUCUUCCUUCUCUACCCCGGGCGAAUCGCGUUCCAUUAAAAGGGGGGGGGGGGCGUCUAAGAAAAGCUACAGUUGAAAAAGUAGAGAGAGAAGCCCUAGGAGGUAGCUGACGGCUGAACAGUCUGCUGCGGAGCAGUAAUCUGGAGAGGAGCUUGUCGCGGGGGAGGGGUGACCUGGGUGUAAGGGCGGUGGUGGGAAGACCAGGGAGGCAGGGCUCCUAGAAGCCUCAGCAGUUGCAGCAUGGGGGGUGGGGGAGGUGGAGGGGGAAAGGAGGGGAAGGGCGGGAGAAGGAGGAGGAGGAGCUGCCGUGUGACCCACACCGCUCCCAAACUUGAAAGUUUAUCUUCCCGAAAUCAACAGCCACCUCGAUGUGCACAUUCCUCCUUUACGCUGGGAGAGGAGGACUGAAUUCAUCGAUUUGUGAAAGGCAACGUGGUGCUUGGAGCCUUCCGUUCUGUAUCUGAACUGUGCGAGGGUGAAGUUGUGGGACCGGGGGAGGGAAAGCAAAUCGGACACCACUGCCAUCACCAGCCACCUAAAACUAAGAGAAAGGCUUAAGGGCAAGAAGCUUAGUUGUGGAUCUUUGCCGGAAAAUAAGAGCUGCUCAACACAAGAAAGAGACUACAGGUCCUUAACAAAAAGCGCAGAGAGCUCUGGGAAGGAAAACAUCCAAAAAAGAAGGGGGAAAAACCUGAAAAGUGUCACACACGCACAAAAAAAAAAGUCGUCACAACCUGCGAGAGAGGAGGAAAAGAGGGAGGGGGGAACCUCUUCCUACCAGUGGACAACAGGAAGUGACCACUACCAACGAGGCGGCUGUAACUGUGGGGAGAAAGCUGAAAGACAAAGAAGAAAGAGGUAAAAGGCAAAAGUCUAGUUUUCUUCACGAAGAAGAACAAAAGUCAACUGGAAGGGGGAUAGCGGGGAGGGUUGGGGGGAGAGGUGAAGAGAAGACUCGGAAAGAGGAUUGUUGGAAGACGAGAGAAAGUUUCUUUCCCCCACCCCCUCGAAGAAGAAUAAAACACAGCCGCUGCCCCCACCAAACACGAGCACGCAAGAAGUCGUAGGAAAAGCAAAACAACUUCUUGUGAGAAGAGCAAAGAAGAAAAGAAAGACAAGAGAGUGGCAUAAUAGGGGGCGAAAGGUGGUGGGGAGAGAAAGAGCCAAAAGAAGAAGAAAAGCCAGAGCGCACUAAGGGGCAAAGUCAGGAUUAGAGGAAGGACACUGUAUCCUUCCCUGAAAUGUGAAGCUGCACACAUGUUGUGUAAAGUGGGGGCGCACACGCCACAGCCCCGAGUGUGUUGUGUGUGUAUGCCUGCAUCUCUCCUUGCUGCUGUUGCUGUUGCUGCCGCCGCCGUCACCCCCUCAGCUACCGCUGCUGCUGCUGCCGCCGACACCGCCGCUGCUGCCGCCGACGCCGCUGCUGCUGAAGCUGCUGCCACUGCCGCUGCCACCGCCGCCGCUGCCGCUGCCGACACCGCCGCGAUCGGUGCGUCUAGCAGGAGGUGCUGGUGCUGGGGAGACACAUCAUUUGGCGGAGUGAAGCGGCUAAUUGCGGAGCCCCAUCCCUCAUUUGCAUAGGCAGCCGGAGUCCGCUGGAGCCCGGCCAAUCCGAGCUCGCCCCCUCCAUUAAUCGCCAUGCAUUAUUCACCAGCCUAAUUACACAGCCCCAUGCGCAAUCCGCGCAGCCGCCGCCGCCGCCGCACCGCACUCCUCAGACUCGCACCAGCUAAUUCCCUGCAAUUUCCCCCCCAACACGACUUAUUUGCGAACAAUUUUCACACACACACCCCCCCGUUUGCUGUUUUGCUGAUGCCUCUGCAAAAAGCAGAACCAACUCGCAGUUAGCAGCAUGUCUCGUCGAAAGCAAGCCAAGCCCCAGCAUCUCAAAUCGGACGAGGAGCUACAGCAGUCCGAGGUAGUUUCUGAACACGCCGUCCCAGGGGAAGGCGCAGAUGAUGGUGAUAGUGGGAAUGAAAGCAGAAGUGGAAGUGAAGAAACAAAUAUUUGUGAGAAAUGCUGUGCAGAAUUCUUCAAAUGGACAGACUUUCUGGAGCACAAGAAGAAUUGCACAAAAAACCCACUGGUGUUGAUUGUGAAUGAAGAUGAACCAGCACCCCCUUCUGAAGAAUUCCCCGAACCUUCACCUGCUAGUUCUCCCAGUGACCAGGCUGAGAGCGAGGUCACGGAAGAAACCGUUCAACCAGAAAACAAUGAGAGCUGUGAGGUGAAAGUGGCAGAGAAGGAGGAAGAGCCAAUGGAAGUGGAAACCUCUGGGGAGAAAAGUUACCAGAAUCAAGGCACUUCGAACGCCACUCCCACGACCCCUCUACCUCAGAUUCCAGAACCAUCUUCCAUGACGAGUUAUAACAUGCCAAACACUAAUGUUACGUUAGAAACUCUCCUGAGCACUAAAGUGGCUGUGGCCCAGUUCUCCCAAAAUGCAAGAUCUUCAGGGAGUGCGAAUGCAAGCAGUGGGGUGACAGCCAUGGCCAUCCCAAUGAUCCUGGAACAGCUCAUGGCCUUGCAGCAGCAGCAGAUUCACCAGCUUCAGCUCAUUGAGCAGAUUCGGAGUCAGGUAGCCAUGAUGAACCGACAACCCCUACGGCCCUCUUUAAAUCCAGCAGUAGCUUCUCAGAACGCUCCUGUGGCAGCAUCUAACCAACUGCAAGGGUUUGCUGCACAUUCUGCUCUUCAGUUAACUACUGCUGUCCCCCCCACAGUGGCUGGGCAGGCUACAAACAAUCCACCAUCUACCUUUGAGGGCCCUCAGCACAUCUCACAGCCUCCAUCUGGAGCGAGCACCCCAAACAUCUCCACUAAUGGAUCUUCUGCACCCACGGAGCCCAGUGCAUCUUCAUCUGCUACUGCAAUUCCGGCGCCCAUAACUCCUGCUUCUGUGUCAAAUACUACUAACAGUUCCUCACAGCCCCAGAACACUUCAACCCCACCCACCCUGGGUCAUGGAAAUCUUCUCACCUCAACUUCCAGUCUGCCAAACCCACUUCUACCUCAGACCUCAUCAAAUAGUGUGAUCUUUCCCAAUCCACUGGUUAGCAUUGCUGCAACUGCUAAUGCGUUAGACCCCCUGUCUGCCCUCAUGAAACACCGCAAAGGAAAACCACCCAAUGUGUCGGUGUUUGAACCCAAGUCGAGCUCUGAGGAUCCCUUUUUUAAGCAUAAGUGUAGAUUUUGUGCCAAGGUCUUUGGAAGUGAUAGUGCUUUACAAAUUCAUUUGCGUUCUCACACAGGAGAGAGGCCUUUUAAGUGUAACAUUUGUGGGAAUCGGUUUUCAACGAAAGGCAAUCUCAAGGUUCAUUUUCAGAGGCACAAGGAGAAGUAUCCCCAUAUCCAGAUGAAUCCUUACCCUGUUCCAGAAUACCUCGACAACGUCCCCACUUGCUCUGGAAUUCCCUAUGGAAUGUCACUGCCUCCCGAGAAACCAGUGACAACCUGGCUGGAUAGCAAGCCUGUGUUGCCAACUGUCCCCACAUCCAUUGGACUGCAGCUUCCUCCCACCAUACCUGGUGUUAAUAGCUAUAGUGACUCCCCGAGUAUUACUCCCAUAAGCCGGUCACCUCAGAGGCCAUCUCCUGCUUCAAGUGAGUGCACUUCUUUAUCCCCUGGCCUCAACAAUUCCGAGUCAGGCAUAACAGUGACUGCAGAAUCCCCACAACCAAUUCACAGUGGGUCUUCUCUAACAAAAACGGAACCUAUCAGUUUGCCUUCCACAAACACCCGAGUGGGAGAGGUCUCCAUCAGUGUGCAAGUCACCACAGUUUCCACUUCCAUUGUUACCGCUGUAACCGAUAGUAGCGUCUCCACAACCCUCCCAAACCCUGGGCUUCCAGCGAUUUCUGACCAGUUCAAAGCAAAGUUCCCAUUUGGUGGUCUGCUUGACUCUAUGCAAACAUCCGAAACCUCAAAGCUGCAACAGUUAGUUGAGAACAUUGAUAAGAAGAUGACAGACCCAAAUCAAUGUGUCAUUUGUCACCGGGUGCUUAGUUGUCAGAGUGCUCUCAAGAUGCAUUACAGAACACAUACAGGAGAAAGACCAUUUAAAUGCAAAAUUUGUGGACGUGCCUUUACUACAAAAGGCAAUCUAAAAACACAUUUUGGAGUUCAUCGAGCGAAGCCACCACUAAGAGUACAGCAUUCAUGUCCCAUUUGUCAAAAGAAAUUUACAAAUGCUGUUGUUCUUCAGCAACAUAUUCGUAUGCAUAUGGGGGGACAAAUCCCAAACACACCAUUACCCGAGGGCUUCCAAGAUGCCAUGGACUCAGAACUUUCUUAUGAUGAUAAAAACAUUGAUACCCUGAGCAACUACGAUGAUGACAUCGAUGAAAAUUCUAUGGAAGAAGAUCCAGAGUUAAAGGACACGGCAAGUGACUCAUCCAAACCACUAAUAGCUUACUCUGGGUCGUGUCCCCCUUCACCACCUUCUGUAAUCUCUAGUAUUGCUGCCCUGGAGAAUCAGAUGAAAAUGAUUGAUUCUGUCAUGAACUGUCAGCAGUUGACCAGCUUGAAAUCCAUAGAAAAUGGAUCAGGGGAGAGUGACCAUUUAAGUAAUGAUUCCUCAUCAGCUGUAGGUGAUCUCGAAAGCCAGAGCGCAGGCAGUCCUGCCAUGUCAGAAUCUUCCUCAUCCAUGCAAGCAUUGUCUCCAGUGAAUAGCAACAGUGAAAGUUUCCGGUCCAAAUCUCCAGGUCUGAGCAACCAAGAAGACCCACAAGAAACACCACUAAAGACAGAAAAGCCGGACAGUCCACCACCUGCUCCUGAAAAUGGAGGUGCACUCGAUCUGACAGCUCCUACUCCGGGCAGACCAGUCAUCAAGGAGGAAGCUCCUUUUAGCCUGCUGUUCCUCAACAGAGAACGUGGUAAGUUUAAAAGUACUGUUUGUAAUAUCUGUGGCAAGCCUUUUGCUUGUAAGAGUGCAUUGGAAAUUCACUACCGCAGCCAUACUAAAGAACGUCCAUUUGUUUGUACAAUCUGCAGUCGCGGGUGUUCCACUAUGGGUAAUUUAAAACAGCACUUACUGACACACAAAUUAAAAGAGCUGCCUUCUCAGUUAUUUGAACCCAACUUUACUCUAGGUCCCAGCCAAAGUACUCCUAGCCUGGUCACCAGCACUGCGCCUACCAUGAUCAAAAUGGAAGUGAAUGGUCACAGCAAGCCGAUCUCACUGGGGGAGGGCCCUCCGCUUCCAGCUGGAAUCCAGGUUCCUGCUGCACCACAGACAGUGAUGAGUCCAGGUCUCACUCCUAUGCUGGCACCCCCACCACGGCGAACACCUAAGCAACACAACUGUCAAUCGUGUGGGAAGACCUUCUCUUCAGCAAGUGCACUCCAGAUACAUGAGCGCACCCAUACUGGUGAAAAACCAUUUGGUUGCACAAUCUGUGGUAGAGCUUUUACCACAAAGGGGAAUCUCAAGGUUCAUAUGGGAACUCACAUGUGGAAUAAUGCUCCUGCGAGACGUGGCCGCCGACUCUCUGUGGAAAACCCCAUGGCGUUGUUAGGUGGCGAUGCUCUGAAGUUCUCUGAAAUGUUCCAAAAGGAUUUGGCAGCUCGGGCAAUGAAUGUUGACCCCAAUUUUUGGAACCAGUAUGCUGCAGCGAUCACAAAUGGACUUGCUAUGAAGAACAAUGAGAUUUCAGUCAUACAGAAUGGAGGCAUUCCCCAACUCCCAGUAAGUUUAGGUGGAAGUGCCAUCCCACCCUUAAGUAACAUUACAAGUGGUAUGGACAAAGCUCGCACAGGCAGCAGCCCUCCUAUUGGUGGCUUGGACAAAGCAAGUUCAGAAACAGGAGCCAGCCGUCCAUUCACAAGGUUUAUUGAGGAUAACAAGGAGAUUGGUAUAAACUAAAUGCGAGAAAUGUGAAUAACUCUUGGGACUCUUAAUCAACACAUUUGUUCUAUUUCAUGUACAAAUUUGGAAGUUUUAAGCAUUAGUCUUAUGAUCUAAAUGCCUAGGUUCCCUUUAAAAAUUUUACCCAUAGAAGAAAAUACAUUAACUGUGUGGCUGCUGAAAAGCUGUCUUGCAAGAGCUGCAUGGUACUUCUUUUAACAGUGAAUUUGACUGUUACUGAGAACUCUGAAAUCCUUAAAACUUAAGUUAACAAAGAGUCAUUGGAAACUGCAUUAGCAACUGAAAGGGAUUAGACCACGUUCACUUUGUUUCUUAUAAAACGUAAUGAUCACCUAAGAGGGGGAAAAAAAGUAAAAAAGAGGGGGGGCUUCACUGCGGCAUUCUGGUCAAACUUAUUUGCUGGUUCUGUUCAAAUUAGUUAGAAACUUGAACUAUGUUUUUAGAAAUCUUAAUCUUAAAUAAGUGAUUUAGUACCCCAAUGCUGUGUAUUAUGACAGUAUUCUUGUCUGUAGUAUUUAUAAUGUUAAGAUUAUGCGGGUAACAGACAAUAUACUAGCCCCAUCCUUAAAUGAAGCUUUUGUAAUACAAAAUACAUCUGGCUAUGUGAUUUUUUUAAAAAGCAAGAUUUGUUUUACUAUAAGUAAGUGGUUUAUUUCAAUGCAGGCAAAAUUGUGAAGUUUUAUUGGGAAAGAUAGCAUGCUUUUCAUGUGCAAGUACCUGUCAGUAACAAAUCUUUUUUUUAUUUAAAUAUUUGUAGCUGCUAUGUGGACAGUUGUUCUAUUAAAUGAAAAAUGUAGUGUGGUCUGUAGCUCAAUGAUUGGGAAACAAGUUACAGACAAACCUUAUCACCAUAAAUUAUUCACAACAUUAUAAACAGUUGUGAGUAAAUAUUUCAUGUUAUCAAAGUUGUACAAUAAAAAGGUAAUGUUUGUAUAAUGUGGUUGCAAACUCUUAAUUUAUACUAUUGCACUUUUAGUAUUUUGUAUUAGGGAGGUUUGUCUAUAAUUUGGAAAUUAAAAAAAGAUGUAAACUAUUUUAUAAAUAGUACUUUGGUUUAAGGAAAAUGAAAAAAAAAACCUGUUACAGUUUCUUGUUUUGUCUUAAGGUCAAAUAAUAUG